AUGGAAAUGCAACGUGCCUAUCGCUUCACCGCGCAAGCGCCAGGAGACGACGCGCCAGACGGCGCCAUUGCGGCCAUGUUGGCCAACCGCAACGUGCAUGAUCGACUCUAUUCAGGCGCCGGCCCCCCAAAGCCGCGGGUGAAAGAGGCAAGGGAAGCGAAGCAGGAGAAACCUGAGUGGCGCGGCGUAAACAGCGAAGUUCAACGGGAGACCAUGGCAUGCCUUCGUUUACACCAAGAGGGUGUGGAACAGAAGAAGAAACUCAUGCAAAAGGCCAAGGAAAAGCAGGAUGAGGAGUUCCUGGAAGGUCACCCGUUUCGCCCCGCCAUCGGCAAGACGCCUCUCUUCCAACCGGAGAAGAUGAAGGGUACCAGGGAAGAGGUGGGGGCCCUGAGGGCCCUGAGGGCCCUGGAGAGGCAUGGCAAAGGCUGCAACAAAGCAAUAGUGCCGUGGCAGAAGUUUGGUGAGUUCACCUCCUGUCAGAAAGAGAUCGGCCUGAAACAAUCUCGUGAGAAGCUUCAGGAUGAGUUUGCGGAAGCUCACCCCUUUAAGCCUACUCUGGCGGAACCGAAGAAUAUCAAGUUCGCGCCCAAGCCGUUGCCUCCAACCACCCAGCAGGAGAUAGGGCUUUUUUUUUUCCGUCGCUGA